CAUUCUACUGACGCAGAUCGUUCAACGUUACAUCGACGCUUCGGUGAAAAAACUAGCCUACAGGAAAACUGAAGGUACAAACUGUGCGGAUGUGUCAUUCAGGAUGUACUCGCGAUAGCUAGAAAGCAGUGAAGACAUUCCUGGGUGGGAUUACAUUUGUAUAUAUAUAAUAGCCACUAAAACCAAAGGGACUUGUACAGGUUAAUCGGUACCAGACAUUCUACGAUGUGUGUUAGUGUGUGGAUGUAAUACAUUGACAUGAAACUGAAGGAGAUCAACAAAACUUUAAACGUUUCUCAAAGACACUACCUGUGGUCGUGACAUUUGGAUUACCAGAGGAGAUUACCUGUGGAAAUUACCUGUGGAAUACCUGUAAUUUACCUCCAGAUUACCUUUAGUGGAGUGUAAAGUUCCUGCCUCAAACUUUACUGAAUAUUCACCGUAUGAUGCUUAAUUAAAGAUGGGAAACUAACAACAGAAACAAGUAACGGAUUAGAGAACAAAGUCGAUCAGGAUGUCAUCAUCGCUACAAGUAUCCUACCUGUUGAUCGUCAUCGGCAUUUUAGCUUGGUGUGCGACAGCAUGGGUUGAUUCUACGCCUCGCCGACCAAACCGGAGGAAAAACAAGCAGACAAAACCAAACAUUAUCGUGAUCAUGACUGAUGACCAAGACAUACUAUUGGGGUCAAUGGAGGUCAUGCCGAAGACACUAAGAAUCAUGCGUGACCAGGGUUUGGAGUUCAACAACUCUUUUGUAGCAUCACCAAUGUGUUGUCCAUCACGAUCAUCAUUUCUUACCGGACUGUACCCUCAUAAUCAUAACGUUUAUACCAACAACGAGAAUUGUUCGGGGGAAUACUGGAUACAGAAUCACGAACCAAACACCUUCGCUACCUACCUUAACAAUGCAGGGUAUCGUACAGGUUACUUUGGUAAAUACCUGAAUAAGUAUAACGGCUCAUAUAUACCGCCUGGUUGGCGGGAGUGGGUCGGACUGGUACGUAACUCCCGUUUCUAUAACUACUCCAUCAACUUUAAUGGUAACAAAAUGGAGCACGGCGACAACUACUACAGUGACUACUUGACAGACCUCAUAGCCAACGACAGCGUGACCUUCCUAAAACAAAGCAAGGAAUACUUCAAACGGAGGCCUGUACUGAUGGUGCUGAGUACCCCGGCACCACAUGGUCCUGAAGACUCUGCCCCUCAAUAUCAGCAUCUCUUUUACAACAACACUUUACAUAGGACACCUACCUGGAACGUAGCUCCAAACCUAGACAAACAGUACCUUUUAAAGAUCACCAAACAAAUGGAGCCGAUACACCAGAAAUUUACUGACGUUUUACAACAAAAAAGACUACAGACUCUUCAGUCUGUGGACGACCUUGUGGAAAAGGUCUACACAGAGCUUUGGAUGCUGGGAGAACUGGACAAUACCUACAUCAUUUACACGUCUGACCACGGUUAUCAUCUGGGCCAGUAUGGUGUCAUCAAGGGCAAGGGUUUGCCUUACGACUUUGACAUCAGGGUCCCGCUGUACAUCCGAGGGCCAGGCAUCAAACCAAGAUCAAAGAUUUCCAAUAUGGUGAUGAAUGUUGACCUGGCCCCCACUAUACUGGACAUGGCUGGAGUACAAAUCCCAGACCAUAUGGAUGGACGGUCAAUCCUCAAGCUUAUUAAGACCUACAAAGACUCCACAAGUGUGAAUGACAAAGACUUUGUCCAAAUGAAGAAACCUUGGAGGGAUACAGUCCUAAUUGAGAGAGGGAAAGUUACCAAGAACAAACAGAAAAUACUAAUGAAAGAACAGAACCAACUCUUUCUGGACAACCUCAGUAACAUGGAUAACAUCCCGGCACACAUACUACAGUAUGCUACACGUAAACAACGCCGCAUACUCAAACAGUGCUCAAAGUCCAAAAACAAGCCUCCCUGUAAAGUAGGACAGAGAUACCAAUGCAUCCAGGAACCAGGGCGAAAAUUACCAAGGUUACAGAAGUGUCGCUCCAGAGACAUAGCAAUGAAUCAAAAUGUCCAGGGUGAUGGUCCAUAUUCUGCAACAUCACGGAUAUGCCGAUGUCCACAAAGAAUGAAUCCGCAAGAACGCCGAAAUCAGGAACAAUUUCUCCUGAAUCACGUCAACAAAGACUUCACUCCAAAAUUCAUCAGCAGACGUAAACGACAACUUCCGUAUGACCUGACAGAUACUACAUUGCCUGAUGAUUUAACUGAACAGUAUCCACAGGUGGAGCCUUUUGAGCAUCGUUGCCGACAGCUGCCAAACAAUACGAUAGUAUGCGACCAAGAGUUGUAUAAUGAUGUGGAUGCCUGGAAGGACCACAAGGGACAGUUAGAUGAAAUGAUACAGGAAUAUCGCAAGAUGCUGGAGGACCUCAGGACAUAUCGGCGACACCUGAAGAUCACCAAGCCAAAAGACUCCUAUCUUUCUCAGUUUGGUGGAGAUGUCAACGGUCCGGGUUAUCUGGACAACAUGGAUGGCUUUGAUACUACUGACCUACUGGACCCCGACUGUGACUGUGAUGAUAAUCUUACUGACACGAUUAGGGAUAAAAGACAACGAAGGAAGGACAAACGGAAAGAAAGAAAAAGAAGAAGAUUUAGAAAAAAGAGAAAAAACAGGGAUUGUAAUAAACCUGAUAUGAACUGCUUCACCCAUGACCAUGCACACUGGAGAACUCCACCCCUAUGGGAUUCUCGUACAUGGAAUCUACCACCUAACAAAAAAAUGCGCCGAUUGAACCAUCCUGCUUGCAAGCGAGAUCAAAUGGAAUGUUACCUAAUGGACGAUACUCACUGGAAAACUCCACCUCUCUGGACUUAUGGACCUUUCUGCUACUGCACGAACUCCAAUAAUAACACGUAUUGGUGUCUGAGGACAAUUAAUCAGACCCACGAUCUGUUGUAUUGUGAGUUCAUCAAUAACUUCAUCAGCUACUAUGAUCUUUUGACGGACCCUUUCCAGGAAAUCAACACUAUACAUGACGUAAACUAUGGUGUACUACAACAACUCCACGACCAACUCAACGAGAUGAGGGCAUGCAAAGGUCACCGAGAAUGUGACAAGGCUGGGACAUUGAAAGAAAGAAGAAAUAGGGAUAAUUUUGAUGAUGAUUUCAACGACGAGGAACUUGAUGACUAUAUUGACAAUGGAAAUACUGAUUUCAGCUGAUCCUGGCCUGAAAUCAGUCAUAUCAUAUAUUAGUGAAUUGUCACUUACUGUACAGAUAUUUUAAAGUGUAAGUGAAAACAAUGUAAGAGACAAACUAUGUACAAAUUGUUCUGUAUAGGAAGAUAAUGCAUUAGGAAAUGGCUGCUUUAAUACCCUAUUCAAUAAAAAAUGGGAACAUUGAUUGUUCGAAAAAGUCCUGUGAUGCAGACUUGUUAGCUGGAGUCAGUGUUCCGAUAACGUACUAGUAGUCAUUAUAUUGGAGCCCGGAUGUAAAUUGUUGCUUCGUUGUCAUGAAACCGGUUGAAGAUGUUGUACCAGGGAAAUUAUCAGUUUUUUAUGUCUGGAAAACAUAGUUACAUGUAUACUGCAAUGAAGAGCCGUCGGUGAUUUGGUGCCUAGACGUUAUGGAGCCAGGAAUGUUGUAGGUGUCAUGGUGCAUGGAAGACAAAAGUUACAAUGGCAUCACAAUCUAUAUCUGGGGACUGGAAAACUGGGAGUUUUGUGCCUGGCAAAAUCGGUUGUAAGAAGUUAGUUAAGAAAGUGAUCAACAUGAUUGCUAUUGACAAAUAAGUCAUAGAUGUCGAAAGUUAAGAAAGUGAUCAACAUGAUUGCUAUUGACAAAUAAGUCAUAGAUGUCGAAAGUUAAGAAAGUGAUCAACAUUGUUGCUAUUGACAAAUAAGUCAUAGAUGUCGUGCCGGAGGCGACUGUUGCUUCAGUGGUAGGAAAGCGCGGUAUGAUAACGGACCUGGAUUGAUGUGAUGGAAGAUGUGAUAUGCUUGCCAUGAAAAAGGAUUUUUUUAGUAUGAAAUUGAUGAAGACAAUACACCAAUGUUUCCUGUUUGCAGUAUGUGGAACCCAUCUAAUAUGUAUGUUGAUCAGUUACCAAACGUUAUCAUCAGUGAAUUGCUUUCAGAUGAACAGACAUCGUAGAGAGCGAUUUCGAUAGAGGAGUGCAAGUGGAACUUGGCGACACAUUUCUCUCCCACGCUCUCAAUGUAGGGGAUGAUUUUUUUUCUCAUUAUUUUAUUUACGCAGGUCCAGUUAUUCCAACAUUUAAAAAACAAAUACAACAAUGCAACGCAAUGUUGAGGUUACCUGAUUGAAUUGUCGUCAUGACGUUGUUUUCUUGCCAGCACGUGCUAUCUGUCAUAUUCUGGAGGUUGAUGGAGCAUGAACACCCUAGGGUUGACAUAGCAAUUCUGCGAAUAAAUGAGGAUUUGUAAUAAAUAACUUCAACAAUAAUAAAUUAUGUUUCUAUAUGCUCUUAUUUUCACGAUUAAGUACGCUUACUUAUACAGAACAAUGCUAUAUUUCAAUAAAGCACCAUUUAUGUCAACUGGUUCUGUUGUAAAAUAAUAAAGAUUUCUUUAUUAAAAGAUCAAUUAUGAUGUCGCAUGUUAUAUAUAAAAGUUAAUCAUGUACAUGUAAUGCUUGCUGAGCUAUAGUGAUGCUGCUGAUAAAGCGAUUCCGUUUAUAGUAUCAUGUUGUUUUCUGUCAUAUUUCUGUUCAAAUCACAUUUUCUGUUUAUAUCACAUUUAUGUUAAUAUCAAAACAACCUUCUAAUAAAGCCACUUUGAUGUCAUGUAUGUAAUAUAGUUUAAUAUGAGUAUUUAACAUUCGCUUCAUUUGAUAUUAGUAUAUAUGGCCAGUUUCCCUAAAUGUCAGUAGGCUCCAUUAUAAAUUUAACAUAUACGUAUACAGUACAUACUAAUUUCUUUGUUAUUGACCAAGCUUUUUUGCAUUAACAAGGGGUGUGUAUGCAUUAUUAAAAUUUUGUAUUACUCCAGAUAAUACUGCAUUAUUCAUAUUUCGUAUGACAAAAUAAUUGUGAUAAGAGUAAUGCUUAUACAGCACAUAUUUCGGAUAUCAUGUUUACCUGGUGAAGAAGUGGUUCGAUAAUAUUACCGUAGCAUUAGUUAUAUACUGCGGUUAAAUUGUUCUCCCUUGAGAAUGUGCGAACAGUGCCCAGCUGUUCAAUACAUAAUUUAAUCUUACUACAAAUUGACUCAAAACUUAUGUUAUUUUCCUUUUGAAAGACAAUAUUAGCCCUUUUUAUGCAUUUAAUAAAGAUUCAUAUUAAUCUGAUGACAAGAUAUACAUUUUUGUUGGGGUUUUUUUUCAGAAAAACAAUACAUUAUUUUGAAAACCAGGCUUUGAACAGCUGGUAUUUAGACAUUGCUAUUUUGGAAAAGCUAGAAUGACAGAUCUUUCCAGAAGUCUAAAGAUGAGCUUUCAUACGUAGUCCGUAGGAAUAGAAACACUAACCAAAUCUUUAGUUUAUGGAGGGGUUGGAUGUCUGAACCAGAAGAUAGAAGUAUAUUAAGGGAUAUAGUACUGGCAAGGGAGUGGGCACUUAUCAAAUUGACAACAACAUUAAUCGGCAAUAGGGUAGCCUUUUUAUGUUUGUUUCAUUUUAAUGCUGUAUGUGUUUGCAAUUAUAUGUAAUAUGGUAUUGUUUGUUACUAAACUUGAUUAUUUGAAAUUAUGAUUAAUGAUACCUGUGAUAAUGCGAUGAAUAAGAUUUGAUUUAUUUCAAGUUUGAUGCAUGAUAAAAAAAAAAUCAAUGUUCUUGGAUUUGUUUCUAGUUACCCAGUGUAUUGAAAGUGUGCCUGCUUGUCUUGACUACAUUGAAAAUAUUACGGUUACUUUUCAGGAGCAUUUAACCAGUUGUAUGUGAUUGUAAGGAAUGUCUUGUGUUAAAUUUAAGCUGCUGCUAUUUUAAGGCCAUGCAUGAGACCAUUCAAGUAAUAAUGUAUCAUGAGAACCCUAUAUAACCAUAGAUUUGGAUAUUUUGUUGUCGGCGAAUCUCGGCGUUUUCCACAGGGUGGUGUGUCUUAAUCUGGUAUUUCCAUAUGUCUACCCUUUUGCAAAUGUCUUAUUCCGAUGUAACUAAUAUCCUGAAUUAGUUUUUGCCUGGAACUAAUAUGUUAUGAACAUAAUUCAACUCUAAUUGAAGAAGAAAUGAAAACUAGUUCAUUAAUACAUGUUCUGUAUAAUCAUUUUGCCUAACAUUACUCUUUUCAAGUUUUCGGUUUUAAAGUGGCUAUAACUGUAUGAAUUACUGUUGGAAAACGUUUCGCCCGUGUAAUAUUUUAAAAUAACUUUUGCUUGUCACUAGUGUAAUAUACCCUGGGAUGUUUUAAUUGGCUUUGCCGAUCAGAAAUCGAUUGCGACGUCAUACUAUGGUCAAGGACGUGUCGUAAUGAAUUGUAAAUGGUGCAGCAAAGUGGAAAAUAUUUAAUUAAGACCACCACAUUUAAAAUCUGUCAAAGUUGAAAUUUUCUGAGUGUGAUAAAAACAACUUAAUUUGAUCUAAUUUCAUACAUAAUUUUAUGAAACUCGUCUCGAGUUUUUGAAUGUUUGCUCGUCAAGGCUCGCAAAAAUAAACAUUUGUUUUAUAAAAUAUCAUACGGAAAGAACACACAUUAAAUAUCCUAUAUUUAUAAAACUAACUGAAGUCUGAUUUAUGAAAAUCAUUUAAAAGAUGUGAAUAGAAGAUAAAACUCUUUGGGGGUGGCAAUCGCGUGAAGUAUGUUACCUUUGUAAUGUAUAAACAAAAGACUUUAAUAGUUUAUUAAUCUUAACUAUCACUCAUAAUUACUCUUGUCAGAGAUGUAGCAUCUUGAUUAAUAAUGUGAGUUAAGUUCCUAAAUCGUUACUAUCAGUCUGAAUUUUUAGUUUUGAUUGUGAAUGAUGCUUGGCUACUGAGUCAUAAGUAACCUUUACGCUAUUUUGAUCCCGAAAUCCAAUAGUAUUGCAUAUAUGAAUGAUCAGACACAUGACCGGCUCGUGAUUUUGUUAAUGUCACAAAAGAUUGUGUUUUCGUUGACUGAAAUUUUCUUGGCUUUACUGAAGGUUUGAACCAAAUAUAAUUUCCGCUCUUAACUUUCGAUAUAACAAAGAGGAGACAAAAAAACUCGUGACUAGUUUUGUCAAUAGUAUUAUCAAUUUCUAAGAGACAAACUUAUUUAAGGAUUGUUUACCAAACAGUUGUCUCUUUUCAUACUUCAUAAUGAUUUAUAUUUUUUAAAUCUUUUUUUGAUAAAAGUUGAUAUGUGUAGUUAUUAACCCAUUAAAAAUCUAUGUUAUACUUGUGUAUUUUUGAGAAAAGGAAUUGCUUAUAAUCAAUAUAUACAAGUUACUUAAAUAUUAAAGUGUAAUUUUAUUUUUAGAUUUAUUAAUUCUAAAAAAUAUAAGACAUUUAGAUACCUUUGCAAUUAAAAUCAGUAUAUUUUUUUGUCUAUUUAAACAGGGUGUUUUCUUCAUUUUAAGGAGGUAUGCCACAGAGACCUGGCAAGCACUUCCUUUCUCAACAACUCAUCAUAAUGGGAGAUAAUGUUCAAUUGAUUACUUUAGAUUCUGAAAUAUAAUUGACUUCAUCUACAAAAAUGGCCACCAGUAUACAGUGGUCACAAAACCAAGUGCCAAUAUAUGUUUUUUUUCUGUAAUUAAUAUAUAUAGUAUGUAUGUGGAAGUUUGUCUUUGCGACAUUGAACACAUUUCUACAUUUUAGGUUUUAAAUGGUGUAUUUAAUGAAACAAGCUUCUAAUUUUUCAUUUUCAUUUUAUAAUUAAUUUACUUUUUUGUAUUAUAAUCUCAUGUGUGUGUUAUAAGAACCAGAAUAGAGUUCUUGGCAAGAUAUGGUGGAAGUUUUCUUUUAAAUACCCUAAAUGAAACAAGAAGACAGUAUUCCAUGUGUACAGUAUUUGGCUAAAAUAGUAAGGCUUGUGAGAGUACAUAAACAAGGUUUAUCUUUACACAAACAGUAUACGUAACAAAGCGUACGGGUGUCGUUACAAUGUUUCAACGAUACAGUGUGUAUGUCCCAUCGGCAAGCGAUAAUACACACACUUUUAUACAUUGUAGUUAUCAUUUCGUCACAUAGACGUACAGGUAAAACAUGAAUUUCGCUCGCACAGCCAGUCAGGACCUUGACAAAAGAGACCAGUCGGUCUUGAAACGUUGCAACGUCACUCGUACACAUUAUUAUUGUCACGUUUACCGUUUGUGUAAAGAUAAAUUUGUAUUUAUAUGUAUAUUCAAACUGAUGAAUCGUAUUAAAGAUACUGUUUUGAGAGUGUUGAAAGCGAGGUACUGUAUUGAGUUUAUGUGUAGCAUUCUCAUUUGGAAUUAACUGCAAACUUUAUCUUUUAAUUGCUUAAUAAAAUAACUAUACAACUUCAUCGAUUUCAAUUAUUGAAUACAAAAGUGUUCACUGAGACACGGACUAGGCGGAAUUAAAUCAUGAGAGCAAGUAUGGCAUUUUCUGCUGAAAAAUAUUCGGUAGUGUCGGACAGGUUUUCGGUUAGCCAUUUUGCGUUUAUUGUUCAAUGUUAAUCGUCAUGGACUAGAUUUCAAAAGAAGUAUUUCAUUUCGGAAAAAAAAGUUUAACUUACUAUUUAAUAAAAUCAAUUUCGGUUCUAACAAGGUUUUACCGUGUCGUGUUUCCUAUCGUACACCAUUUUCUCUAUAUAGAAGUUACAACGAUGCAACAUCGCGAUUGCUGAAAACGCAGAUGUCUUUUGGUGUUUUUUCGAAUGAUGAUUACAUAUUUGUCAUAAGAAUUGUAUUCAACAGGGGAAAAAACGCAAAAAAUUACAUCGUAGUGCCAUAUAUAUAUGCCUUAAUCCGCUAUUGAUUCAAGCACGAGUCAAAUGUCAUAGAGUCCACACACUACAUUUUUCCAGUACAUAACAUUAUGUACGUUGUCACCUUUGAUACGAUAUUUUGCGGAAUACUUAACCCAAAAAAUCCCACAAUUUUUUUACAUUUAGAAGUUGUAAUCGUUAGCAGUGAAUCGUUUUAACAAAACCUGGUCAGUAUAUGUCUCUGAUGAUUACGAAAUUUUCCGAUGUAAAGUUAAAACAAUUUGUUAUAAUAAAAAUUCGCUAGUAAAAUUAAUCACUUGCUUAUCCUUUACAUGAAGAAAUACAAUCUUGCAAUUCGCGUGUCUUGUUUAGAAAUAUAUAUAUAGACAUUUUCGAUGGAGGACUCGGUCUAUAAAAUGUGAUAUUUUUGUCAACUUUAUGUAACUAAGUUACAAAAUAUAGGGCAAGUUAGUACUGAUAUCUCGUGAUGGCUUGUUUCAUUAUGUUGUUAUUAUAAUAUUAUGGUGUCUCGAUCCGUCUGGACAAUUGGAAAAUGAUGCGAGUGUAAUAUUGAGCCAUCUCGAAAUUGCAUUUAACACAUCAGUAUUAGGUGCAAUGUCGAGAUGAUCCCCAUAUAGUAUAACUAAAUAAAACAUGUACCUGUGUAGUGAAAAUACCGUGAUGUGUUUAUAAAAGAAUACAAGGAAAACAAUUUAUUUUCAGACUUUUGAAAAAAAAGUAUUAUUCCACAAAUGCUGAUUCGGUUUGUAGGUCGUAGUUGCGGUUUACGCAAACUGAAAUGGAAAAUCAUUCAGGUUAAAAUCUAGCGAACCUUGUCCUUGAUAGGAUCUUUUCAGACUAUUACAUUUCGUCGUUUUUCACUUUUGAAGUGAUUCGGGCUAUGUAGUCCAAAAUGUUUUCGUGUAAGGUAUAAUUUGUGUUGUAUUCAAUUUUAUUCGCGUAUUAAGAGUGUAUGCGCUUUCAUUGUCACUUUUUAAUGGGGAUUUGCUUUUGUCUUUUGAGAUGUAACCUGUACCGUGAAUUUAAGAUGUUGAUUGUGUGUACCUUAACGGUGCUGGUUAAAUUUAUUGUAUUUUGUGUUAGUAAAUAGCCAUACUUUAUUCUCUUGAUCAAAGUAAACUGCAGUAGUUCUGGGUGAAGUAAAAUUAAGAUAUGCCCUCAUAAAAAUCAUCUGUACUUGUUCAUAAAUUUGUUUUGAUGGAACUGCAUUAAAUCAUGAUCACUG